ACUGUUUUAUCUUUUUUUUAAUUUUGUAUACACAACACACUUUUGUUUGUUUCAACCAUCUCAAAUCAAAUCAAAUCAAAUGUCUGGAAUUUGGAGAUGGAGGAAUCUCAAGUCCUUAGCUUUCCACGCCCGUUCGGUUUCCCCUGUUCCUGCUCAUCUCUAUUCUCUUGAAUUGGGAUUGUCUCCACCUCGCCGCCGUCUCCAGGAACGGUUCAAAUCGGAGCAAGGCGGUGUUGGUGGUGGAAACAACGGCGGAGGAGGAGGAGGAGGCGAUGAUUUUUCUGUCCCCGUCACACGGCGGAAGCUCAGAGCAGAGCCCAAUUGCCCUCGAUGCUCGAAGCAAAUGGAUCUUCUCUUCUCCAAUCGUCAGUUCCCUUCUCCGAAUCUUCUCCACCGUCCCGAAGAUUCAGAUUCAAACGUGGCAGACAAAACCAGUUUCCAGUCUGUCAAUUUCUGUCCGACAUGCAAAACAGCUUACGGGGUCUCUCCUCUCCAGGGGACAUUCGUCGAGAUCGGUCGUGUCCAGUCCCCAACAACGACCAGGAAACAACAUUCAAAGGAUUUGAAUCUCAGCUCCAAUCACAGAAACAAGCUCAGAUCUUCCUUCUGGGAUACGCUCAGAUCUUACGGUGCGGAGCCACCUGAGGAUUGGUCGUCUACACCCCCUCCUCCUCCUUUGAACGCUUCUCCUCCAAACAACAUCGCUCCAGCUUCUAACGGCGCUGUUAAAAUGGAUACUUCUCCGUUGCCGGAUGCAGCUAAAGACGUUAGUCGUUGGGGUGGAGCUACCCUAGGCACAGACUUUCCUACUCCCAAAGAGAUUUGCAAAUGGCUUGACAAGUUCGUCAUUGGCCAAAGCCGCGCCAAAAAGGUGCUCUCUGUCGCUGUGUAUAACCAUUACAAGAGAAUAUAUCAUACCUCUAUGAAGAAAGGGUCAGCAGCACAAUCACUUGAUGAUGACGAUAAUGUAGAAUUAGAUAAGAGCAAUGUUCUUCUUAUGGGGCCUACCGGCUCUGGCAAGACAUUACUUGCAAAGACUUUAGCUCGGCUUGUCAAUGUUCCAUUUGUCAUUGCUGAUGCAACUACACUGACUCAGGCUGGCUAUGUUGGUGACGAUGUUGAAUCAAUCCUUCAUAAACUACUAACGGUCGCUGAGUUCAACGUGCAAGCAGCACAGCAGGGAAUAGUCUACAUUGAUGAAGUCGAUAAGAUAACAAAGAAGGCUGAGAGUUUAAACAUUAGCCGGGAUGUCUCCGGGGAAGGAGUCCAACAGGCACUUUUAAAAUUACUGGAAGGCACUAUCGUAAAUGUUCCAGGGAAGGGAGCAAGGAAGCAUCCACGGGCUGACCAUAUACAGAUAGACACAAAAGAUAUCCUCUUUAUCUGUGGAGGAGCAUUUGUUGACCUUGAGAAGACCAUUGUGGAUAGACGACAAGAUUCGUCUAUUGGUUUUGGAGCUCCUGUCCGUGCCAACAUGGCUACCAGUGGAGUUACCAGUGGGGCAGUAACUUCAUCUUUGCUAGAAUCGGUGGAGAGCGCUGAUCUUACAGCAUAUGGCCUCAUCCCUGAGUUUGUAGGGCGCUUUCCCAUACUAGUUAGUUUGUCAGCUCUAACAGAGGACCAGCUCAUUAGGGUGCUUGUAGAACCCAAAAAUGCUCUUGGGAAACAGUACAAGAAACUCUUUAGUAUGAACAAUGUAAAGUUGCAUUUUACUGAGAAAGCGCUGGGGAUCAUUUCCAAGCUAGCGAUGGUGAAGAAUACAGGUGCGAGGGGACUUAGAGCCUUGCUUGAAAGCAUUCUUACCGAAGCCAUGUUUGAGAUUCCAGAUGCUAAGAAGGGAGACGAAAGAAUCGACGCUGUUAUUGUAGAUGAGGAUUCAACAGGCUCAGAAGCUUCUCGUGGAUGCACAGCAAAACUACUUAGAGGAGACGGGGCUUUUGAGCGUUACCUCAACGAGAACAAGUCGAAAGAUGCUACAGAAACAACUGUUGACGAAAGAAUAGGCUCAGCAAGAGCAAUGAGCUUGUAAAGAGAACGAGACAAGAACUGUUUUUAUUUUCUUUUUAACAUGAGGGGGUUUCUUGAUUAUUUGUAAAAAACAACAUUCAUAAAAGUGCUAAGAGGUUUUAUCCACUUUGUACGAUAAAAUUGUUAGCUUACAGAUUCGAAAGUUGAAUUGUUUACAUAGAACAAAGAAUAGAAGUGUAUCCCACUGUGUAAACAAAACAUUUGUAAUUCUCUGCUUCCAUGAGUAAUUUCUUUUUAUU